UUUGUUUAUGUUUGUUGUAAUCAAACUAGCUGGUUUUGUUUUUCCGAUUUUUCAUUAAACUGCUUUAUAUCCAUUAAACAAAUUAUUAAUCAAAAUGAGUGAUAGUGAAGAAUCAAGCACCCCCAGUCACAGUGGCAGCGAUAGCAGUUCGGAAGGCAGUCCGACCAUGCUGGAUCCCACUUCAAACUGUUUCAAACCGCUGAGGGUUCUCUAUUCACGCAAGGCAACGCGAGCUGUCCCAGUUCCGGAAGCAAAACUACACGACAAUGUUGGUCAGUUUGAGUCGUGCUUCAAACAGUUAGGCGGCUUCGACCAGCAGUAUAGCGCCGAGCGGAUGAAACAAAUUCAGCAAGAAAGGGCCGCCAAUUCCAAGCGGGCCCAAAUGCAAAUGCCCAGUUCGAGUUGGACGGAGAUGCCCCAGAGACGGUUUCUGCCACAUCAAGGUAUGAUUAAAGCGGAAAAGCCGGCCCGAUUCAAACGCAACAUUUUAAUGAAAUUGGAAAACACCGAUGGCCCGCUAAAGCUUUUGCUGGGUUGGAUGCGGGAACGCAUCCGGGUUAAAGUCUAUACUCGCAAGGAAAGUGGCGUUAGGGGCUUUGUGACCGGAUUUGUGGAGGCGUUUGACAAACAUUGGAACAUGGCGCUGGUGGACGUGUACGAGUCAUGGAAGCGACGCAAGUAUCACUACUCGGAGAAUAAGCUGUGUACGUUGGGAGAACCACAAGACUGCAGCGAAGUGCUGCGAAAGAUGGGCAUCCAGGUGCCAGAAAUAAGCGUUCAGUCGGCGGGGCGGAAAUAUGUAAUGUGCAGUCGAAAGGUGCCAAAGUUACUGAUUCGAGGAGAGCAAGUAGUGUUGGUGACGCGUGAAAAUAGUGUUGAUGUCAAGAAAGAAAAAGAAGAGCAAUGAAUAAAGUUGAUAUGGAAAUUUA